AUGGCUUGUCAAUUCUUCCGCCUUUUCCAGGGUGCAUCUGAAGUGAUUACACUGCGUCUCCAAAGGCAGCCCAAAUAUCAUCGAAAGAGCACCCCCAGAAGAAACAAGCUGACCACUAUGCCAUCAUCAAGUUCCCCCCUGACUACUGCAUCAGCCAUGAAGAAAAUAGAAGACAAAAACACACUUGUGUUCAUUGUGGAUGUCAAGGCCAACAAGCACCAGAUGAAACAGGCUGUGAAAAAGCUCUACAACAUUGAUGUGGCCAAGGUUAACACCUUGAUCAGGCCUAAUGGAGAGAAGAAGGCAUAUGUUCGACUGGCUUCUGACUAUGAUGCUUUGGAUGUUGCCAACAAAAUUGGGAUCAUCUAA